AUGUGGUCGUAUACUUUUAUCCUGACGGUUCUGGGACUACUGGAUGCUGAGGCCCUUGCCUCAUGCCCCUAUGCUUCGCAGAUAGGCGUGGACUCAAAGGCUAUGCCACUACCCCUCAGUCACCCAGCGCGGGACCUCACUGCCUCGCAUGGCAAGAAAGGCAUCUUCUUGAUGAACAGAAUUGCCCCUGGCACCUCCCAGCUCUAUAUCGCAGAUGCCGAUGGCCGUAACGAACGAUCCCUUCUCUCGGACCCUAUGUACGAGUACCAUGCGACCUUUUCGCCCGACGGACAAUGGGUCGCCUUCACCGGCGAGCGCAACGGAGACGGUAACGCGGAUAUCUACCGCGUUCGGACAGAUGGUUCAGAUCUACAAGAGCUCGUGGCCACGCCUUCGGUCGAAGACUCGGUUGUCCUCUCCCCGACCGGCAGUCUGGCCGCCUACGUCUCUACCGCCAAUGGUUACAAGGCCAAUAUCUGGGUUAUGGAUCUGGAGACGGGAAAGCGCUGGAAUCUAACUGACACCGCAGCUACCGUCGCCGACCCAUCCCGGAUGAAUGGAUACUUCCGACCGGCCUGGUCACCAGAUGGCGAGUGGAUUGCCUUUUCGUCAGACCGCAACGUGCAAUGGGACGGCCACGGGGAAGAAACUUUCAUGGGACUCAGCGGUUGGGAGCACACGCAGGAGCUGUCGAUCUACGCCGUGCGACCGGACGGAUCUGGCUUCAGACAGAUCGCCACCAAGCCGGGCUAUGCGCUGGGUUCGCCCAAGUGGUCCCCUGACGGCAAGCGCAUCGUCUACUACGAGAUGACCCGUCAGGCGACCUGGGACUCUCACCGUCCUGAAUCAAUUGCUUCUGCCAACUCAAGCAUUGUAUCCGUUGACUUUGCCACAGGAACAGAUCGUAGAGUUGAGGUGGCGGGGUCUGGCGUCAAGAUCUUUCCGCAGUACAUCUCCAACGAGGAUAUUGCGUACCAGAUCAAGGGCACUACAAAGGAAGGAUUAUACAGCACAGCCGGAUCCUACUGGAACACCACCAGCAACACAUCCGUCUCCAUUCGCUCGCCCGCCUGGUCACCAGACGGCAAGAAGGUCGUCUACGAAAAGACUACAUGGGCCAUCAGGCCUAUGGAGAAGAAGCUCUACAGCUGGGACUCAGACUGGGAGUACCGCUUCACCGACGUUUUCCCCCAGCUGUCCCAGCAGGACAGGCUUGUCAUCACCCAAAAGCAGCUCGGCAACUCGUCCAUCGUCACCAUGUCACCGACCGGACAGAACGCCCGUCUGGGUUUUGACGUGUUGCACACAGAUCUCGUCGACGAAACGCUGGUCCGCCAAGGACUAGCCGGUGCCUUCCAACCCUCCUGGUCCACCGACGGCCAAUGGCUCGUCUUCGGCGUCGGCUCCUGGUUCCAGGAUCGCGCACAGUACGGCGGAUGGCUGGCACGGGCCAGUGCGAACGGCACUUACGCUGAACUGCUAACCACCAGCAGCGCCAAUCUCACCAGCAACUCCACGGCAAUCAACUCCGGUUUCCCCAGUUUCUCCCACGACGGAAAGAAGGUCGUCUAUCGUGUCUGGGGCGCGAAUUCCGCCCAAGGCGACAUGUCCCAACUUGGCCUGCGCAUCCUGGACCUCGAGUCCCGCAAGGUUACCGUCCUCACCACAGGAUGGGACAACCUCCCCUUCUUCUCACCGGACGGUGAACGCAUCGCCUUCACCCGCAAGAUGAACGCAACUAAUUACGACGUCUGUACGAUCCGGCCGGAUGGAAGUGAUCUUCGCGUGCUUACGAGCAGCGGCGCCAACGACGCUCAUGCGGUGUGGUCGCAUGAUGGAAGGAUCAUGUACUCUACCGGCAUGUAUGGGUUCCGGUAUGAGUGUGCCUUGUACGACAAUACGUUUCAGCCCUACGGCCAGAUUAUGAUCAUGGAUGCGGAUGGAAAGAACAAGCGCAUGCUUACGGACUCGAUGUGGGAGGAUUCGACGCCACUGUUCGUGCCUAAUUCGGCUCUGCACCGGUAA